AUGCAUCGCUUAUUUCUCUUUCAAUUAUUCCUUUUUUUUUCUUUUAAUUUUCCCUCUGUCGUUCACUAUUUCCAUAUUUCCUUUCACUUCUUUUUCUACAUUUAUCUUUUCUUUCCUUCUUCUCAUUUCACUUUUUCAUAUUUCCCAUUCUUUUCUUCAUUCUUCUCUCAUUUUUCUCGCUUUCCUUCGUCCUUCCUUUCAUUGAACUUUUUAUUCUUUCUUUCUUUCUCUCAUCCCUAUUGUCCUUUUCUUUACAUACAUUUAUCUCUUUUGUCCUAUAAUAAUUUUUUUUUCUUCUUGGCUGUCAUCUUCUCCUUCCUUCCUUCCUUCCUUCCUUCCUUCCUUCCUUCCUUCCUUCCUUCCUUCCUUUCAGUCGUGCAAAUUCACCUCAAUAAACACUUAACUUUCCUCCAAACAAUUUCCAUUCUCCCUUCUUUCUGUGAGAGGAGUCGAGCUUUAACAAGGCUGCUCAUUAGUAUUCCACGUUUCCCCCUCCUUCAACUGUCUUGCUUGAGAGUAAUAGUGGUGGAUGGAGUUUGUGGGCAAGUGGAUGGAGUCAAUGCUCUCUCAUUGGUGGAUGGAACUGGAGCUCUCCUACUGGUGGAUGGAAUAGGUGCGCUAUAUCUAUCUAUCUAUUUAUCUAUCUAUCUAUCUAUCUAUCUAUCUAUCUAUCUAUCUAUAUAUAUAUAUAUAUAUAUAUAUACAUAA